AUGGAAUAAUAAUUAACCAUUUCAUUACCACCUAUACGGUUAGUCUCUCGCGUUAUAUAUAUAUACGCCCACAAAUGCUUAAACCCUAGCCGCUCUCUCUCUCGCUCGCUCGCUCGCUAAAACCCUCCUUCAGAUUUAAUUGACCUGGACAGCUUCUUGGAAGAUGGCAUUCUACAACAAAGUUGGGGCUCUACUGAAGCAGAGCAUUUCUGCUAGUGGUGCCAUGAAUGGACAGCCUUCUAUGUUUAACGCAAUGCGAUGCAUGUCCACAAAGCUUUUUAUUGGAGGCCUUUCAUAUGGAACUGAUGAUCAUUCACUGAGAGAUGCAUUUACCUGCUUUGGUGAUGUGGUUGAGGCUAGAGUUGUUACUGACAGGGACUCGGGGAGGUCACGUGGAUUUGGAUUUGUGAACUUCUCAAGUGAUGAAUCCGCCAGCUCAGCUCUAUCGGCCAUGGAUGGACAGCAAUUGAAUGGGAGGAACAUUCGGGUGAGCUAUGCACAGGAGAGAGUCCCACGAAGCAGCUAUGGUGGUGGUGGUGGUUAUGGGGGCGGCAACCGUGGGGGCGGCGGCUAUGGCGAUGGUGGUAGUAGAUCAAAUGAAAGCUUUUAAGAGUGAGGCGCUGCAUAUAUCACAUUAUAUAAAUUAUGAUUAUGGUUGUUUCUUUCUUUCGGCACUCUUAACUCAACUCUUCUUCAACAAUGAUGUGUUAUAGUCUUGCGACUUACUUGUCCACUUUGCUGUUGCCUUUUUUCUGCUUAAUUAGUUUGGCAAAAUUCCUCAUAAUCCAUACGUGAUUUCAAGAGUUCGUACCAUUCCUAAUGAUAUGGAAAUUAUCCUUCCUGAA